AGUGCACACUGUGGACUACGGGUAAAGGAUUUAAGAGCGGCACACACACGCGUGUCCCUCCGCGGCGGGAAUUGAAUUCGGGAACCGGGAAUUCCGUGACCUCGCGGGCCCCCGGCUGUUAUCGAAACAACAACAACAACAACAACGACGAAAGGUUGUCCUCCUCCGUCGUCAAUCGUCACUCGCAUCGAAGUAGCCUCGCGAAGUAGUUAGUUGGUGGUAGUUUUUCGCUUCCCCUGGGGCCUCUAUUCGCCGGUGUGAAAACGGCGACGAGAGAGAGAAGUGACGGUCGAGAUAGAGCGCGGCGACCACAAAGAACGUCUCAGUCGGCGCUGAGCCAUUGCCUCAGCAAGUCCAUUGCCACAAGUCGGAGAUCUAGUUCCAACCACGGAGAAACUUCCCGCCAAACAGCAUGAGAUCGCACUUGGCCGGCUGCCGCAACGCGACGCUCGUCCUCGCCACGAUCCUCUUCGUAUGGGCGAGGAUCACGAUCGCCAUACGCGUCACGCAACUGUCAGGCAGGAAGAGCGACGUGGUCUCCGACCAGACACCAGCGUCAUCCUUCUGGACACCGACUAUUAAGACGGGCAACAUCUUCACCGACGAUGCAACCAACUUCUUCCCCUCGAGUCAUGGCCUGGUGCAGACUCAUCCGCCGACCGGCAACGUGUUUCGAAGCGGUUUCGGCGGGAUCGACAAUCUUGGCAGUCGGGGGGUGACCGUCAGACCACCGAGGACGAGGCCCCUCGAUUACAGCGAGCGAUCCACGGCUGAAUUGCGCCGAAAUCCGGCGCUUUCCUCGCCGGACGAGUGCGCCAGAGCUUGCCGCGAGAACGAACCACCUAGGAUAUGCUAUUACCAUUUCACCCUCGAGUAUUACACCGUCCUUGGGGCCGCGUGCCAAAUUUGCACCCCUAACGCCACUAACGUGGUCUGGAGCGAUUGUCAAUGCGUGUUGGCAGACGGAGUGGAACGUGGUAUUUUGACAGCGAACAGGAUGAUACCUGGACCCAGCAUCCAGGUCUGUCAAGGUGACAAAGUCGUGAUCGACGUGGAGAAUCACAUCGAAGGUAUGGAAGUUACCAUUCAUUGGCACGGAGUAUGGCAGAGGGGCUCUCAAUAUUACGACGGCGUACCAUUCGUGACACAGUGCCCGAUCCAAGAGGGUAGCACCUUCAGGUACCAAUGGACUGCUGGAAACGAAGGUACGCACUUCUGGCACGCCCACACAGGAUUGCAGAAAAUGGACGGUCUGUACGGAAGCAUAGUGAUACGUCAACCGCCUAGCAAAGAUCCUAACAGCAAUCUUUACGACUACGAUCUCACUACCCAUGUCGUUCUAAUCAGCGAUUGGUUCCAUGAGAACGCGGCUGAACGUUUCCCCGGCCGGCUGGCGGUUAACACUGGCCAAGCGCCUGAAAGCGUGUUGAUAAACGGGAAAGGCCAAUUCAGGGAUCCCAACACCGGUUUCAUGACGAACACGCCACUCGAGGUGUUCACCAUAACUCCCGGUCGUCGUUAUCGUUUUCGACUGAUCAACUCGUUUGGAUCAGUUUGUCCAUCUCAGAUCACGUUCGAAGGUCAUUCCCUCACCAUAAUCGCGACCGACGGAGAGGCGGUGCAACCAGUCACAGUGGACACGAUCAUCUCGUUCUCUGGAGAAAGAUACGACUUCGUGAUAAACGCGGAUCAACCGGUAGGCGCGUAUUGGAUCCAGGUUCGUUCACUGGGAGAAUGCGGUAUACCUCGUGCUCAACAGUUGGGUAUAUUGAGAUAUGCUCGUGGCCCAUACCAACCGACCACCACUGCGCCCACUUACGAUUUUGGUCUUCCGCAGGGUGUUGUAUUGAAUCCGCUGGACGCGAUCUGCAAUCGUCAACGCGAGGACGCGAUUUGCGUGAGCCAAUUGAAGAAUGCCCGUCAAAUUGACCAAGGAAUUCUCCAGCAGCGUCCAGACGUGAAGAUAUUCCUGCCGUUCCGUUUCCUCUUCUACAGGCCAGAAGAAGUCUUCCAGCCGCAAACGUAUAAUCGAUUCUUGGUCGCACCGACCGGAGAUCACGUAAUCUCUCUCGUCGAUGAAAUCUCGUUCACAUUUCCGCCGGCGCCUCCGCUUUCGCAAAUCGACGACAUCCCGCCCGAACAGUUUUGCAAUGGCGAUAACAGGCCAGCCGACUGUGGCGCCAACUGCAUGUGCACCCAUCAGGUCGACAUCCCGCACAACGCGGUCGUCGAAGUGGUCCUCGUCGACGAAGUCCAACAGCCGAAUCUGUCUCAUCCAUUCCAUUUACACGGAUACGCUUUCAACGUGAUCGGUAUUGGCCGUUCCCCGGACAAAAAUGUGAAAAAGAUCAAUCUGAAGCACGCGUUGGAUCUUGAUAAGAGAGGUCUGCUCAACCGACAGUUCAAUCUGCCACCUGCCAAGGACACCAUCGCCGUUCCGAAUAAUGGCUACGUCAUUUUCCGAUUCCGCGCUGAUAAUCCCGGAUACUGGUUGUUCCACUGCCACUUCCUAUUCCACAUAUUGAUCGGAAUGAAUUUGAUACUUCACGUCGGGACCCACGCCGAUCUUCCCCCGAUACCGCCAAAUUUCCCCAGAUGCGGGGACCACUUACCGGCCAUCACGCCGCCAUCGCUGUCGCUCGACUCGUUUCACUGAUCCGUCCUGAAGAAAAAAAAAAAAAAAGAGGAAAGCUAAAAGAAAAAAAAAAAGCUGUCCAAAGCAUACAAUUAUCUCCGUAUAGCGUAUUCCUGUAAAGUAGUCACACACAGUAUGCUGUAGCGAAUGCUGUUUCGUUAAUCUUCCUCUUCGUCGGGUCGGUUCGUACAUUCGUGGUAGUGUUCUACGCGUUCCAAGUGAAUGAACAGAGAGAGAAAGAGAGAGAGAAGAAGAAGAAGAAGAAGAAGACGGAGAAACAGAAGAUCGUGUGUAGUAGCGCGAAGGAGUGUAUGAGAGUGAGUCGUGAUCCUCGAAAUACGAGGAGGCACGAGCGAUCGAGAUGUAAGACGAGGGUUUUUAAUCGGAUGUAACGUAUACACGCACGCAUACACACACACACAUGAGCCGAUACCCGCUUUUGGUGCCGCAAUAGCGAUACGAAAAUAGCCAACAGCCGAUAUUUAUUAUAUCCUAGAUGCUUUAUCCAGCCACUUUUGCGCGAUCGAACCUCCCUUUUUCUCCAAUUAAACGAUUUCGCGGUGAAUAGUCACGUGGUGGCCGAUGCCCGACACGCGAGCGUCGCAAUGGAAAACGCGGACAGGCGGCCUCGAAUACUGCUAGUUUGGCCGAUAGUUGAAACUAAGUAACUAACUAAUCCGUAACAAAAUGUGUAAAUAAUGAGUAGAGAGGUUAGUCGUGUUACACGUUUUAACGAGGCGCACGUUUUAAACGGGGUGGGGUGUUACUGUUUCGGGAUAAAUUAAAUUAAUUAUUUCGCGGAGGUGGAGACCUUUCACCGCGAGAUGGUCGGUCAGAUGGCGAUCGCGUUAGGAGAUCGCUGUUUAAGGAAACUUGAUCCGUUUCGAUUUCUGGAUGAUCGCGGCCCGAGCUGAACGAAUUGCCGCGAUAUCGAACGCGCUUCGCCGUAUCGAAAUCGAAGGUUCCUAAAGUGGCCUUAGUUAGGAAGGAAAUUAUUCUCUGCCCCCUAAAAUGGGCCGUGUGGCUUGUCGUUCUUGUCCUUGUCAAUAAUUUCAAGUAGUGCAAUUAGGGUUAUAUAAAGUGGAAGAAAGGUAACAUUUAGAUUAUUGCCUGAUAUGAGAAAUAUAUAAAGGAAAAAAAAAAAAGGAAAAAAAAAAAAUACAAAAAAUAUUCGUAGAGGAUUAGGAUCGAGGAGGGUUGUCAAUGUUGUUGUUGUAGCCGAGGUUGCAGAUCAAAGAAUAACUUUUUUUUUUUAAUUUUAUUGGCUCGAUCGAAUUUUUUUUCUUUUUUUAGAAACGAUUUUUAAUUCCAUUUUCGUUAUUUAUUUCGCUCAGAGUAAAAUUUCUCUCGAAAGGUGCAAACCUCGCGCGAUCGAUUCUCUCUGUGAAUCGGUUUAAUAUAAUUUUGAGUAUGGAACUCGAUCAACUCGAGCUCUCGCUCUUAUUCCGUGCUAUUCCUUCCAAUGACGAUCGAUGGUAUUUUAUUUGUUACGUAAGUAACUUAUAAUACAGCUGACAUUGUUUCGCUGUCGUAGAUUUAUACUCGUUUAUUCAUGGUGCCUCAAUUUUUACUCUUCUUUUUUCUUUUUCUUUUUUUUUUUUUUUUUUUCGUUUCUUUAUUCCAUUCUAUUCACGAGAUUGGAGAGAUAUAUAUGUUAAAAACAGUUUACUCGUUAACUCACAAUUUACAAUGUUUGAUGUCCGUUGAAUCGAUCGUGGCUCGGCGCAGCUGCAUCGUCGAGAAUCGAGCGCGAUAGAUGCACGUGCACCACGUCACGAUACCCCUUGCCGUUUUGUAGAUAAAAACCCUUCUAUUUCACUUCGCUAAAUACACGAGACGGAAUCAUUAAAACACGAAAUACUCGAUCGUGGCGAUGCCAUCACGAGAUGAGCUGACGAGAUGCCUUUGAAAAUACGUUGCUUGAAAGUUUAAAAAAAGAAAAUAUUUCUUCGCAAAAAUUAUAUUUUCGCGAAUCGUAUCAAAUAAUCAAGUAAAGUUUUAUCGAGAAUUGAAAGACUUUUAAAAACUUUUAAAUGGAAGAGAUGUUCCUAAUAUUGGAGAUUCUUCGUGGAAUUUAUUUCUAUUUUAUAUGGAAUUUAUGGAAGAUUUCUGGUUCUAUCAAAAACUAAGAACACUCUCUUCUAUUAAAAAAUUAAAACGUGUACUGUCAAUCAUCACUUUCAAAAUCAUCUUCAUGAAAUCGUAUAUUUCUAAUUGGACAGGUUUGGAUUUCCUCGAACAACGUACCUGUUGUUUAAUUAUUAAUUAAUUAUUUAUCUUAAAAUUGUUGAUUAUAAAAAAAAAAGGUAUUCAUUGUCAGAAUCAAUUCGAAAUGAUUGUUCUUCUAACAUUCCUUCAUUGCAUUAUUUUAUCUUUUUCGUUACAAAUUCUUUUUUCUCUCUUUUCUUUUUUUUUUUUAAUUUAUUUAUAUAUAUAUAUAUAUUUUUUCGACGAAGUAAAUGUACAGUUAAAACACUUUUUGUAAGAGUAUUAAUCGGCGAAGAUUAUCGCUGAAUUCGUUUAUUUUUUUAUAAUAUGUAUAAUAAUAAAAACUGUAUUUUAUAUUUAACCGAGAAGAAUUACAAAGCCGAGCUUUGUAACGAUUAUUUAUGUAAAAUGCCUAAGAGAUUCAACAAUUAUUAUUGUCCACAUGGAGAGAUGAGUUUUCGUGUUUUUUGUACAGGUAGUAUUUAACCGAGUAAUUCGCGCAUAUUCCGUUAUCAGAUAUAUAGAUGUACAUUUAAUAAUAAAUUUGUUUUUAAAACUC